ACACAAUGAAUAUACAACGUAUAAUUUUUCUGGUUUUGAAUAUCUUCAAAAAAGAAAUAGUUGAAAUUUGGUGCGAUUUUUUCAUCGAUUAUGCGAAAUCAAUAGCCGAUUUGAUUGCAGGAAGAACCAGCGCUUCUCUAUCAUGGAACGAAUGCUUCUGUGGGCGUUAUUUUUUGUGUUGUUAUCAUUCUGUGUAUCAUCGGGGAAGGAAACCGAGCCGCCAUUGGAGUUGGAUCAUCUAACUUCGGAGCUUUUGGAAUCGGCAAGAACUCCGGAGUUUUUCGAUUGGUUGGUUAGGUCGCGGAGGAAGCUGCACGAGAAUCCAGAGCUCUCGUUCCAGGAAUUCGAGACGAGUGAAUUCAUCCGAACAGAGCUCGAUUCUCUUGGGAUUAAUUUCACUUGGCCCAUCGCUAAGACCGGAAUCGUCGCCUCCAUUGGAUCAGGUGCGCAGCCAUGGUUCGCUCUUAGGGCCGAUAUGGAUGCUCUACCAAUCCAGGAAAUGGUUGAAUGGGAGCAUAAGAGCAAGAACGAUGGCAAAAUGCACGCCUGUGGCCAUGAUGUUCAUGUCACCAUGCUUCUUGGAGCUGCCAAGUUACUUCAACAGAGAAGAAAUGAGCUCAAGGGCACAGUGAAGCUUGUCUUCCAACCUGGGGAAGAGGGAGCUGCAGGAGCUUACCAUAUGUUAAAAGAGGGUGCUCUGGACAAGUUCCAAGGCAUAUUUGGGUUACAUGUUGCACCAGAUUUGCCAAUAGGGACAAUUGGUUCAAGGGCUGGUCCAUUUAUGGCUGGUAGUGGUAGGUUUUUGGCUACUAUUCAAGGAAGUGGUGGUCAUGCUGCCAUGCCUCAUAAAGCUAAAGAUCCUGUUCUUGCUAUGUCAUUGGCUAUCAUCUCUCUCCAACACAUAAUUUCUCGAGAAACAGAUCCUCUUGAAUCCAGGGUGAUCACCGUUGGGUUCGUUAAGGGUGGUCAAGCAGGAAACGUGAUCCCGGAAACUGUAACCUUUGGUGGUACGUUCCGAAGCAUGACUGUGGAAGGAUUGACCUACCUCCAGCAAAGAAUUAAAGAGGUCAUAGAGUUUCAAUCAGCUGUGCAUCAGUGCAAUGCCACCGUUGACUUCAUGGAAGAAAAGUCAAGGGCGUACCCUGCAACUGUCAACGAUGAAGCAUUGUACAGCCACGCGAAGAAGGUGGGAGAACAUUUGCUCGGAGGGGAAUCAAAUGUGCGUCUUCUUCCGAUGUUUAUGGCAGCCGAGGACUUCAGCUUCUACGCUCAGAAGAUGCCUGCUGCGUUCUUCAUGAUCGGAGCGAAGAAUGAAUCGAUGAAAUCUGGGAUUCAACUGCACUCGCCAUACAUUGUGCUAGAUGAGAAAGUUCUUCCAGUUGGAUCUGCUCUUCAUGCUGCCGUUGCAAUUUCUUAUCUGGAUGGCCAAUCUGUGCGCAGUAAUUAGGGAACUUCAGUCAAAUUUGUUUGCCCAUUUGUCUGGCACUGUUGUACUAAUGAGGGCUUUGACAGAGUAAUGCAUCGCCUUGUAGAUGAAUUUAUAUUCCUAGUCUGAAAUUUGGAUUUGCUAUAAAUAAAUUAUGAGGCUCUAUGAGGCCGGCUCCGAUAG